UCCAUGAAUAUCUGUCAUCCAAGUCUCGACUGGAUUUUGCACUCCCUGGGUUCGUGUUCUAGCCACAGGUCAAAGGUACCCUGGAAUUCGUAAACUUAAGCCACCAGCCUUUGCCUGUUUUCACUGUACCUUUAAGACCACUUUCCUCAAGGAGUCAAGAGCCUUGUCUUAAACCAUGCCUCUCUCAGGAACCCCAGCCCCACCCAACAAGAGGAAAAAGCCUACCAAGAUAAUCACUGACCUGUCACACAUAACCCAGGAUGAGUAUGAUUCAAAGCCUGAGGCUUCAGAGUUUGAUUUGGGGAAAAAGAUAAGGACACCAAAGGAUACCAUGCUGGAGGAACUGUCCCUGAUGAAGAACAAAGGCUCCAAGAUGUUCAAGAUGAGACAGAUUCGUGUGGAGAGGUUUAUCUAUGAGAACAACCCUGACCUCUUCAAUAGUGAGUCUAUGGAUAACCUCCAGAAGUUUGUGCCCAGUCUGGGGGGCCAGAUGAUGGAUGUUGGUGGCUCCCUGAUUGGUGGACAGAUGGCUGGCCAUGCUGGUGGGUCUAUCCAAGCACCAGUGCCUCCUCCUAAACCAGAAAGCUAUGGCAAGGGAGCAGGGGGUGGGCUGGCAGCAGAUGGGCUCACUGGAGGUGCUAUAGGGACAGCAGGAGCUGGAGCAGGAGCCGGGGGGAAGGAUGGUGUGUCAGGAGAUGCCUCACACAGUGAGGAAAAUGCUAACGCUGCUUUGGAAAAUGCUAAAAAAGGCACUGAACAUGUGAAGACAUAUACUUCACCUUGGGAACGGGCUAUGAAGGGCAAUGAAGAGCUUCUAGCCACAAUGAAGCCUCAAAUGUCAGGACCCUCUGCUUCUAAGGAGCUAAGCAAAUUUAAGAGCUUCAACAGGAGUGCUCUACCCUAUGGGGGCUUUGAGAAGGCUGCUCAGCUGAUGACCUUUCAGCUGCCAGACAUCGAAGUGACUGAGGAGCCUGAACCAACAGUGGUGUACCAGCAUGAUAUAAGCGCACGGCCCUCAUUUAAUCGCACACCCAUUGGCUGGGGAGGAAGCAUUGAGCCAGGCAGUAUUCAAAUGGAGUUGGAUACUAUACCAUUUGAUGGGGAGACUGGAGACCUAUGAACCUACAACCUUUUAAACAAACCAUACCUAAUUUAUGCCUGCCCUAAUUAGCCUGCACUAUAAUUAACAGACAGACAGACACACACUCACACACACACAAAACAUACACAUUUUCACUUGUGCAUCAAUGCUUAUGUCCUGUAGCAUAUUCAAAAUGUUUUCACAAAGAAAUUGUAACAAUCUGUAGAAUCAUUAGGCUGACAAACAAAAUGUAAAAAUACGUAUUGUCCAAAUGUUGCUCUCUCAAUGUCCACAUUUUAGCUUUAAUCUACAUCUGCAUCUGAAUGUGGGCUUUUUACAAAUACAUAUGUAUGUCUUUGCAUGAAGCAUGAUGCAUAUUAAAUGAUCAUAAAAAGUUUCAUUUGGAUACUGAAUGAGACUGAAGAUUUGCUUUCCUUCUUAUGUUGUCAGCAUGUUGCACUUUAGAGAUGCAAAAUUUAGCAAUACUUGUGCCUUUGGACAACAAAAUCCAGUAAGAAGCCAAGGACUGCUUGACACAAAAUGCUUUUUUUCUGUCACAAAAUAAAAAAAUCAAUACAAAAUAAAAACAAUAAAAUUAACAGGUAACACUUUAUAGUAAGGUUCCAUUUGUUAAGAUUAGUCAAUAAAAUUGACGUACUAACAAUAAACAAUACUAAUACAGCCUUAACUAAUCUUAGUAAAUGUUAGUUUCAACAUAUACUAAUACAUUAAAAAAUAUAAAAACAUUUAUUAAUUAACAUUAGUUAAUGCACUAUGAAUUAACAUAAACUAACAAUGAACAAUUGUAUUUUUAUUUUCUUACACUAAGAUUAAUAAAUGAUGUAAAAUUACACAUCUAUCAUUGUUUGUGCAUGACGUAAUACAUUAACAAAUGGAAUCUUAAUGUACUUAAAAGUGUUACCAAAAAACAGCAAAAGGCAAAUGUGCAAUAUACAACCUUCAUUUUAAAUCUCAUAUUACAACUCAUUACAGUGUAAUUACUUAUAAUUACAGUGUUUCCAGUAGGCUAUUUACAGUGUAAUACACAAAACACAAUGUCCUUGUUACCACAAACUAGUCUUCUGACAUUUCUUUAAUAAAUGAUUGA